AUGCCUUCGCGCACGCAGGCGUCGCAGGUGGAAAUGCCGGGGUGGCAGCACACUCUCCUGCGCGCGCUCUCAUCUUCUAACCAGAAAUCGGCGUUUUCUGGCCGACGCUGGAACCUCACAGAAAAUGCGAAAGAAAACAGUUCGCGCGGCGCAGCAGAUCUCAGCAAAAGACGUACCUUUUAUGGAACCGAUGGAAAACCGCAAACGCGGCAGGCCUUUAACGUAGGGACGACAGAAACGGUACAUCUUCGUGGAAAUGCACAAAUUGCCAGAGCGACGGACUUGCGGUGAGGCGGCUCUGGCCACCGGACGGCGGAAACACGCAGUGGAAACACUCCCAACGAGGCACUGGCCUCUUCCAGUGAUGUUAGAAAGCAACAGGCGCGGAAGCCGACAGCGCCAUCCGAGGAUGCUCCACAGUCUGGAUUUUUUCAGACGGUGGCUACGCACCUCAGACGCGUACCAGCCAAGCGACCCGAGAAAUUGUCGGGUACCGGGCCAGCGGAAGCUGCCGGUAGAGUGCCCUUGGAUAGAGGAAACAGUUGACCACACGAAGUGCAAGGAAGUCCUCAUUCAGGUCUCUGGAGACGGAAAGCUCGGUAGUAGUAGUUUUACGGGAUGUCAACGGAGAAACAGUUCGUGGAACGUGCAAGUUACGCGG